AAAAGGAAGAGUUAGGUCAAUAUCACCAAAGUAUGAAGAUUGUAAGCGGGGGGGAAAUAACUUAUUGUGCCUGAGAGCUGGCAGCUACUCAACACGUCCAAGGCUGAGAGCAGUCUGGCAGAAGAAGAAUAAGAUGCACUGAUAAUUGGAUCCCUCCCAAAUCCCUGUUGAAUGAUGAUCAGAGAAAUCGUGAUUGUGCUGCAUCCUGUCUCUGUGUGUGUGCCUGUGAACCACAAGGUGACUCUGAGAGUCCGUGCUGAGGGCACAGGUAUCCUCAACUACCAGUGGUUCACUGAAGACGAGAAGGAGGUUCCCGGUGGCAAAAAAGCAGACUUGACCAUCGCAGCUAAACAAACUCGACUCUUUGUGUGCCGAGUUAGUGACCACCUCUAUAACUGUGUGUUCAGCGACUGGGUGAAAGUGAAGGUGUUGGACAUUGAUAAAUCAGGUUUGCCAGUAGACUGGACGGGCGAGCCGCACAUUGCCAUCAACCCUAAACCCCAGACAGUCAGAAAGGGGACGAAAGUCACUCUCCGCUGUUUAGCCUUUGGCAUCCCAGCUCCUUACUAUCACUGGUACAGAAAUGGACAGCCACUCCUGGACAAAACCAGUGACACACUGCAGAUUGAACAUGCAACAGCCGAACAUGAGGGAUCAUACCUGUGCUCAGUAUCUAACGUCUUAGCAGAGAGAUGGACUGAACCGGUCCAGGUUGAACUUGAGCAAAUGCACCAGCUUCCUCCUCCUGCACCCACAGCCUCUGAUAAAGUUGCCCUACUUAUUGGCAACCUGAAUUACUCCAACCACCCUGGCUUGAUGGCCCCCAUCAUGGAUGUACACAAGCUGUCCAACCUCCUGCAGCAGCUUGGCUUCAGAGUGGUUUCACUGCUGGAUCUCACCAAGGAGGAGAUGCUUGCUGCUAUUGACAAGUUCAUUCAGCUCCUUGAUAGAGGAGUUUAUGGACUUUUCUACUAUGCCGGUCAUGGGUAUGAGCGUGCUGGGAGAAAUUACCUGGUAGCUGUUGACGCUCCACAACCAUACAACCCUAAAAACUGCGUCUGUGUGCAGAGGGUCAUGCACAGCAUGCAGCAAAGACAGACUGCGCUGAACGUUAUCCUACUGGAUACCUGUAGAAAAUGGUACAACCAGGAUUGCAUGCCCUCAGCCAUCACGCCCCUGGCACCUAGUGGGAACACUGUUUAUGGUUAUGCCACGUGUGAAGACGCUGAGGCUUUUGAAGUACAGGAUGGGGGGAAAAGUACUGGAAUCUUCACCAAGUACUUGAAUGCGCACAUCCUGCAGUCUGUGAAAGUCACACAUGUCUUGGAGAGGGUGUCUGAGGAUCUUGGAAGAGACCCUCUAGUCAUAGGCAAGCAGGUGGUGGAGAUAAAACACACCCUGACGGAACCCAGGUCCCUUGCAGACCCAGUUCGCACCACCGGCCACACAAGAGAACUCCACCUGCGAGAUGCCUGUUGGAGACAAGCAAAUGAGCUACCACGGAAGAAGCGGCUGAUGUUCCUUUGCGGGGUAGAAGUGGAAGUGAGCUUCUCGGCUUUGUUCUCAAACGUCUUGGUGGCUUUUGCCAUUGUGAAGACUACAGGCCCCAGAACCCAGGACUGCACCGUCACUCUGAGCAGCACGCCUACAAUGGAAGACUUGUUAUCCGGCCCUUGCAGGUCAGGGGAGAUGGACUCCCUUCUGUUUAUGACAUCUGAAAAGCCAGACUGCUCUUUGCGACUUUGUGCCCUUCAAAAGCUGAAGGAAUCACUGGUCAUCAAAGUGGAUCUACACUAUACACACAUUGACAAUCAGCUGCGCGAGACAGACAGUCUAAAGGUGGAAAUAGGAAAGCCUUUGGUGGCAUCGUGCAAUCUUCACAGGAGGAACCAUGCACCAGCAAGCAAGAAAAAAGAAGGGGCUUCUGUUCAAAGUAUGGGCAACAUUUCAAAUGGAAAACAGCUGCGCCAGACUCUGGCUGGACCAUGUCGCCCUUGCACAAGAAAGGCAGAGUGUGCUCCUAAAGUUGCAGGUACAACAAGCAACGAACCUGAAGAAAACGAUGAAAAUGAACUGCAAGACUAUACUCUUUGCCAAUAGACUUGCCUGGCCCCAUUAUUGUAAAUACUAUAUUGAAAGAACUGAAUGUUUUUUUUACUUGUAUGAUAAGGAACCACACAGAUGUUGAUCAUGCCUCUUGUUUUUGUGAUGGUUGAUAAUGAAUGAGUGAAUGACUGAGGUUUGGCUCUGUGUUGCCGACCAUCCUUAUUUUUUGGCACAACACAAGACAUAGCCUAAUAACACUUAAUUUUGCUAACCACUAAAUAAAGCAUACAUUUUUUUUAACUUAUUAUAAAUAUCACUUUAUAAUCAAUGGCAAGCUGGCUAGCCUAAUUUUGAGAAUAAACUUGAGCUACUGUUGAUAAUUUAUGAAAUAAAUUACUUUUAUCGAUCGUUUGAAACCUGGCUGUUCCAUCUAUUCUAGUCUUAUAUAGGCUAUCCACCAAAAUGUAUUGUUGCAAUUUUUGCAAUAGUACCUAACGUAGGUUUUAGUUUUGAUACAUAGGUAUUUUAUGUAAAUGAACAAUAACACUUCUGGAGUGUCUUAACCAGUGUGUAACCAGAAAUAAUCAGAAUCCUAACUUCGUUUUGGUAAGUGACGUCAGACCACUGAGAACCAAAACAUCAGUAAUGUGCUUUUGUGUGGUUUCGGUGAAUGUCUAACAGUAAAUGAACAGAAAAAGAAUACAAUAAAAUAUGCAGUAAUGUUUUUACGACGAGUACCGUAAAAUUACACAAGCCUACUAAAUGUAUUGCAUUUUCUUCGUUUUAGUCGCUGCAGUGUAAAACACAAGAAUUGCGCUUUUUUUAUUUUGCCUUUUAGAAAAUGUUAUUUUUUUUUCCUUUUCUUCUACCUUGACUUUCUUCCCUUAAGGUACUCUGAUUAUAAACCGAAAGUCUUGCCCUGCAAAACCGGCUCCUGCUAGCUCGCCGUGAUCGUAUAGUGGUUAGUACUCUGCGUUGUGGCCGCAGCAACCCCGGUUCGAAUCCGGGUCACGGCAGGAUGGUGUCAAUAAAUCGGGGAUUCUUUUUUUUUAAUUACGUUAGUCCUACUUUCUGUUACAAGAAUUAUAGUAUUUGAUCCCAACGCAAACACAUUUAUUGUCAUUUACUUAAGCAGACCGUUAUUUCAUUUUUGACUGCAUUAGUCCUUUAUUGUUCCCUAAUUGUUUAUAUUAGGAGUUAUCAGCCAAGAAGUCUGCAGAAAAGAUUUGUUUUAAAAACGAGAUGUAUUCCAUUAGUGUCUGUGUCCUAUAUAAACCUGCCACUGCUUCUUGAUUUUGCUCCAUAUAAAAGAUUUAGUUUCUGUUUUGCUUAUUGGAAUUGUAAACUGGGAUACUUGAUUUGCCCUUAAUCCAUUUUUAGCGAGGUGAUCUAUAGGCUACUGUCUCAUUACCUUUUAUGUUUACAUAAAAACUGCACAUUUAUUCUAUAUAAAGCAUCCAUGCAGUUGCAUGAGUCAGUCAGCUCCUACAUUGUCCCUAUUUCUAUAAUGUUCCUAUACGGUCUCCCUUAUGAAACUAUAAAAGAGUUUCCCUCCCCCUUUACUAGAUCCCCAGUUGGUUAUGCAUUUAUUCAAACAUGUGCUCCCUUUCCACCUUAUAAUGCAUUUAAUAUGACGCGCUACAGAUUCUGUUUCCUGAUAGUGCUCAAAGGGACCAGUUGUUGUUGGAUGCUUUCCUAUCACAGUGUGAAGUAGUGAACUGCAGUCUGUUGUGCCCUAUCCGUAAUCUUGCUAAAAUUACCUCCUCUCACCGGUUUCCAAUCCCUGAACCUGACUCUGGUUCACUCAUGGUUUGUUUGUAUUUUUCUUUGCAUUGGUCUCAACCUCAGGUUUUGAUAGUCCCAUUAGGAACCCACUAUAAUAAGACUUCAAUGUCGUGUUCUAUUGUUCUUUCGUGAUAUGAUAACUUUAUACAGGACAUGGGAUAUGCCUGGUUUAAAUGAUACUACAGAGUGCAGACACAAUUACUGCAAAUAAGGACUUUU